CGUCUCUCCUCUUUGAGGAGACCAAUCCCCGACUUUCUCUAUGCCAAAUAACAGCCCCCCAACAAAAAAGCCGAAGACGACUCGGGCUUUUCCGGUCGGAGUCGGAAUCAGAUCCGAAAGCCCUUAUACGCGCGGGAGACUCAUCAAUCGGGUCUUGGUUCUAGAUUGUUUACAUCCAAUCAAAGAAACAACGAAAGGAGCCUGCUGUUGAAAUGGAUACCGCCGAUCAGCUUGUAUCUGCGGGCACGUUUCAUGUGCUGAAAUUACCUCUGGGAUUUAUCCGUGUUUUGGAAUGGCUUUUUGCAAUUUUUGCAUUUGCAACAUGUGGGGGCUACUCUGGGCAGCUGCGGGUCAGUGUGGACUGCAUGGAGAAGGCCAGAAGCAACCUCAGCAUCGGCAUCGACUUUGCUUAUCCUUUCAGGUUGCACCAGGUGUCCUUUGAAGCGCCCGCAUGUGAAGGCAUUAGAAACGAGCGUGUGUUCCUCAUCGGAGACUUCUCAUCGUCUGCAGAGUUUUUUGUCACCAUCGCAGUCUUUGCCUUCCUCUAUUCCCUCACGGCCACCAUUGUCUACAUCUUCUUUCAGAACAAGUACCGUGAAAACAACCGAGGCCCUCUCAUUGACUUUAUAGUGACAGUGGUGUUCUCCUUCAUGUGGCUGGUCAGUUCUUCCGCCUGGGCCAAAGCUCUGUCUGAUGUGAAAACAGCCACUGAUCCAGAUGAGGUGCAGCUCCUCAUCUCUGCCUGCAAAGUCCAUUCUAACAAGUGCGGCUCUGUGCAUGGACCACACUGGUCGGGUCUCAACACCUCAGUGCUUUUUGGGUUCCUCAACUUCGUUCUAUGGGCAGGGAACAUUUGGUUUGUCUUUAAGGAGACCGGUUGGCACAAGGGUGCUUCGAGAUUAGCAGACGGGGCAUCGGAGAAACAGGCGGGCACCUUUAACCAGCAGCAGACCUACAACCAGGGAAGCUUUGACCAAUCAGGGAGCUACAACACCCAGGGCAACUAUGAUCAGGCCUCUGAGUACAGCCAGGUGGGAGGGCCAACCUCCUACUCCAACCAGAUGUAGUCAAGCCGUUUCCUAUAGCGGGGGCCCUUCUGCGAUUCAAAUAAGGCAAUCGGGAGGAUCAGAAAAGAGGAAGGUUUGUCGAAAAAGGAAUAAAAAAAGGCAUUAAGGGUGACAGAGUUUACCUAUUGUGUAUAUAAGUAUUGUGGGGUAUUGUAAAAAAAUAAUUUGACAUGGUCUUUUUAUCUUUAUCUGUCAGAGGUGUUUUUUGCUAAAUGUCGUAUUUCUUGUAGUUUCAAAAGUGAAGGUUUUUUUCAAAGUGGUUUGCCCUGUUGUGAAAGGGAAAAGUGCUCUGUGUCUGUAUCGUUCUUCAAGUCUGGAAAACAGUGUUGACUCAGUGCAUGAUUUCUGUGCUAACAUGCUUUAUUCAUUAUCUCUAUGAACGUUUACAACAAUCAUACUGCCCUGACUUAUUACUGACAUGUUAUCAAAUAAAUGCUAUUACUUUUUUUUAUUUUCUAAGUGGAACUAUAUUUUGAUAAUGGGUAUUUCUAAUUCAGAUUCAGAAAGUAAUUUGUUGAUACGUAUCUAUGUGUAAAUAAAAAUAAACACAUUUCAACUCAUGUCUGACAUUGAUCCUGUCAGAUAGCAGCAAUAACUUUAAAACGCAUACAGUUUAUUACAAAAGUAUGCAACCAUUGCAGCCUGUUGUUUCAGUCCCAUGGUUUCCUCUUUAUCAUUGCAUCUACACAGACAACGCCACACCGUCAUUUUGUCAAUGUAAAGAGGGGGAUUGCCUCCCUUGAUGUUUACAAGUGGCCACUCCCGCUACAAAUUACUGUGACUGUUUUCUAUGCUAUCCUCAGACUACUGGGACAAUAUAACCGUAUAUGUUAUACCUCUCUAAAGCAUGUCCAGAGAAACGCUUAAGCCCAGCAAAAAAGCACAUCCAUACCACAGAGGUAACAGCGAGCCGUGGGCUUAUCUGUACAUAACCACAACUGAGCUUUUCUUGACUUUAAAUAACAAUCCAGAUUUGUAUGAAUUAAAUAAACAUCUGUGCAUUUCAUGUAUAGUUUUAUUCCAAGAUAAUGCUGUUUGUUACAAUGCUGUUUGUUAUCAUUAAUAUGAAGUGUGCAACCCUGUGUCUUGACCUCCUAAGCAUGUGGCUGGCAUCAGUGUAAUAAAGCAGAUUGAAUAUUCAUUUGUGUAUAAAAUUCUGACAUUCAUGAUCGAUAUGUAGGAGUCCAUAUUCUGACUCACCAUUACUUCAUGAGUGUGUGUAUUUUACAGGCAGUCAUGCUAUUAAAGAUGCACAUAUUUGC